AUGACACUCAAAUUGCUUAUGAAUUCGACAUGGGGAUAUUCCAUUAAGAAACCUCAAAAGAUGAAGAGUAAACAUUAUGAGAAGGUCGACAACUUUGUUGAAAGGUUUUCUCCUUUUGUUUUGAAGUACGAGUUCACUCAAGGUCAAAAUGGCUUAGUAACCACAUUAAAACCUAUUGUCGAACAUUGGUCUUACCCUCAGUUCGCAAAGGCAGUCCUUGACAACUACAACAAAUUCUUCUCCGAAGUCAAAUCCAAAGUUGUGGUUUACUAUGAGAACAUUGACGCACUCAUGACGAACGAAGAAGGAUACAACAAACUCAUUGAAAUGGGAAUGGUCGGUGAAAAGAUGGGCUGUUUUAAGCUAGAUAAGGUAUUUUCCGAAGUUCAUGUCCUCUCCAAGCGUAAGUAUUGGGGCAUACUUGAAGACGGCACAGAAAUAAAACAUUGCAUGAAAUAA